UGCCUAAAUAUAUCAAGAAUGGACCAGGAUUCUAGUUUCAAGAGAUAAAGAAUGAUGCGCUAAAAUUCUACAGCCAUAAAAAGGUUGGAUCCCAACAUAUUCACUUCUGUUUGUCUCCCAAGCCCUUCUCCACUAGAAAGCAAGAUGGUGGCUUCCUCUCUGCAGCGGGUAUUGAACAUGCAUCUUCGAAAUCUAGUUGCUGGUACAGGAAGUGGCAGUUUCAGCUCAAGGAAGGGAUAUUCUUGGGACAAACUGUUUUCCCAGCUGUUCUUUUCCAUUCCUUGACUUACUCUAUGUUUGGGAGUUUAAAAAGUGCCUGUCUUAUGAGGAUCAUUUAUUUUUCCCAAGGAUCCAGUAUUAUGUCAGUUUGGUGUGGUAACGGAAAAACCGUAAAAUGCCUGAGAAUUUACAGCCACAUUAGUCACACUUUUCUUUUUUUUUUUGCAGUACAGCUCAAUGACCUCUAGGUGGUGGUAAAGGUUUCAAUCAGUUUUCAUGACUGGGAUGAACAGCUAGUCCUCAAAUAAUUGCUUUAUAGGAUUUUAAAGAGUUAAUAGACAAGACAAAUGAGGUCGACUAAUUUUCUUGUGCCUCCAGUAUUACCUUUUGUUCUUGAUUCUCAGUAAAAGAUAGUUUGUAUCUAACAAGGAGCUCUAAAAGCCAAGCAUGAGAUUGAAAACAUGGUUUAGGAAAUGUUUGUUUUAGUUUAGAUCUCUCUUGAAGUUUAGCUGGGGGCCUGUAAUCCCAGCACUUCGGGAGACCCAGGCGGGCGGAUCACUUGAGGUCAGGAGUUAGAGACCAGCCUGGCCAAUGUAGUGAAAUCCCGUCUCUACUCAAAGUACAAAAAUUGGCCGGGCACGGUGGCUCAAGCCUGUAAUCCCAGCACUUUGGGAGGCCGAGGCGGGUGGAUCAUGAGGUCAAGAUAUCGAGACCAUCCUGGUCAACAUGGUGAAACCCCGUCUCUACUAAAGAUACAAAAAAUUAGCUGGGCAUGGUGGCGCAUGCCUGUAAUCCCAGCUACUCGGGAGGCUGAGGCAGGAGAAUUGCCUGAACCCAGGAGGCGUGAGCCGAGAUGGCGCCAUUGCACUCCAGCCUGGGUAACAAGAGCGAAACUCCGUCUCAAAAAAAAAAGUACAAAAAUUAGCUUGGCGGGGUGGUGCAUGCAUGUAAUCCUAUCUACUAGGGAGGCCGAGGCAGGAGAAUCGCUCGAACUGGGAGGUGGAGGUUGCUAUGAGCCAAGAUUGCGCCAUUGCACUCCAGCCUUCUCAGGCUGGACAGAGUGAGACUCUGUUUCAAAAAAAAAAAAAAAAAAGGCUUUAGGGCAAUACACUUCAAAGCAGAUUCAAACAUCUCUGAGUUUUGUUUACAGUGAAUAAAAUAUAAUUUCCUGUUUUAAUGGAAAGGUAUUUGGUCAUCAUAACUCCUAUUAACUAGGCAUCAGUUUUGAUGAUUAAAGGAAACAGACGGUUCUGAGCUCCAGCCUCGGACAGUGCUGCGAUCUCCUCUCCCUUCUAAUCCUAUCCGCGCUGGACGAUGCCCGCGAGUCGCCCACAGACAAAGGUGGAGAGACAGGGGAGUCGGAUGAGACCGUCGCUGCGCCCGGGGACCGGGGCUACCAACACAGAUGGAAUCCCGGAGGAAACUGACGGAGACGCAGAUGCGGACUUAAAAGAAGCUGCAGCGGAGGAAAGCGAGCUCAAGAGUCAGGAUGUCUCAGAUUUAACAGCAGUUGAAAGGGAAGACUCAUCAUUACUUACUCCUGCAGCCAAAAAACUGAAAAUAGAUACCAAAGAAAAGAAAGAGAAGAAGCAGAAGGUAGAUGAAGAUGAGAUUCAGAGGAUGCAAAUCCUGGUUUCUUCUUUUUUUGAAGAGCAGCUGAACUGUUAUGAAAUGUACCGCCGCUCAGCUUUCCCUAAGGCAGCCAUCAAAAGGCUGAUCCAGUCCAUCACUGACACCUCUGUGUCUCUGAAUGUUGAUAUUGCUAUGUCUGGUAUUUCCAAGGUUUUCGUCGGGGAGGUGGUAGAGGCAGCACUGGAUGUGUGUGAGAAGUGGGGAGAAAUGCCACCACUGCAACCCAAAGGUAUGAGGGAAGCCGUUAGAAGGUUAAAGUCAAAAGGAUGGAUCCGUAACUCGAAGCACAAAGAAUUCAUCUUCUAGGCCAAAGUCUAGAAAGGCCUGUUACUGACAGAAGAAGAAUUGGUUCCAGACUUCCUGUGAGACUGUCUGCUGGUGCUUUAGUAUCUCAGUCCUCCAAGGAUUCCAUGAUGUUAAUGUCUCUAAAAUCUGAUCAUUCGUCACACCUGGAAAGUAUGUAGCCUGUUUGAUACUUGCCUUGACUAAAUUUUGGGACCUCUUGGGGCAUUUUGAAGUAUUUAACCGUCUUGGCCAGUUGGAAGAUGUGUGGGUCAUAUCUUCCGGACAGGAGAAAUGCUUUCAGAGAGAAAACCUUUCCGAGAGUUUUUUUUUUUUUUUUUUAAGAUAGGGUCUUGCUGUGUCACCCAGGCUAGAGUGCUGGAGUGCAGCGGCAUGACCGCAGCCUUGAAUUCCUGGGCUUAAGUGACGCUCCCACCUCAAUCUCCCGAGCAGCUAGGACUACAGACACACACUACCGUGUCCAGUUAACUUAUUUUUUAUUUUUUAUGGACAUGGGGUCGUGCUUUGUUGCCCAGGCUGGUCAUGAACUCUUGGCUUGAAGCAGCCCUCCUGCCUCAGCCUCCUUAAGUGCCAAGAGCUUUACUGGUUUCACAUUGAAGCCUAAAGUUGCAAAGACUUAGUUUGUGUCUUACAUCUGGUUUUAAGUAGAUGAAACAACCAGAAACGUUUAUUUGUGAUGCUCUGCUAUGAAGGACGUGGUACAGGCAGGAAUCCUGGAAUAACUGGUGCUUGUAAACAUUUAAGAUUCUCCUGUGGAUUUUGGCUGCAGCGCUGAGUUCAAUGGCGAGAUCUCGGCUCACUGUAACUUCUGCCUCCUGGGUUCAAGCGAUUCUCCUGCCUCAGGCUUCCGAGUAGCUGGGAUUACAGGUGAGUGCCACCAUGCUUGGCUAAUUUUUGUAUUUUUAGUGGAGACAGGGUGUUCUUAAACUUCAACUUAGAAAAGGAGUGGACAUAAGAAACCUUGUCUUUCUGGAGGUCAGUCUCUUCUACUGCAUCGAUUCCCGGAUCCAAGCUCUAAAGAUGUCGUGAAGAUUAUGUUCCACAGAUUAUUUUUCACAGUCACCUCCUAUUUUGGUGUGUUGAGUAACGAGACCCUGAAUAACACUUUUCGGUAAGUCUCGAACUAUCUGCCUCAGGGGGCCUGGCCCCACACUUUGACUCCCAGGUUUAACCUGCCAUUAUUAUUGGUUGACUUAUUUAGGCCACAGCAAUAGGUACAGUAAUGUGCCACAAAACAGUGAUGCGAUCAAUGAGUGACCGCGUGUGCAAGAGUAGCCCAUUGUUAGUAAGCAGGUUCAUUCUGCCUGCAUGGUGCAGGCCAGUCAAUGCGGCCACGGGUUUUUGCAAAUGGGAAAAGAUAUUAUUCACAAGGCUUCCGUGCAAGGAGAUGGGAAAACAAAUCUCAACUCUGCCUCCCUAAAAUGGACUUAGGGGUGUCUAUGGAAUAGAAAAUCUGCUAAAGUGUGGGGAAAGCGAUUGGUGAGGAGGAAAGGUGAAGCAAUCAGGAUUUCUGCCCAAGCGAAAUCAGGCUGCACGGUUCAUCAUAUAACCCACGUGCAGAAACGGAUGGCAUUAGCACGAUCUAAGGGCGGAAGUUUUGGCCCUCUGCUUUCAAGCUGGACCCACCAGCACGGAUCCAGUUGAAGAGCUGGUGGUCUCUUUUGACUUGAACUGGACAAGAGCUGCCCCCUACUUCCCGGAAGCAACUUUAAGCAACCGUUACUUUAGUGACCCACGGUCAGAGCUGUGUAUCUACAAGGAAGCUAGUGAGAAUUUUAAGGUCAAGUAGAGGUAAGCAAUUAAAAGCAUGCAAGAAGGUUCAAUUUGGUGAGCCUAAUCAGGUUAGCCCCCUGUUUAACCAUAAGAUUAUAACAAUUUUUGUAGUACCUUUUUUAUGUUUAUGUUUAUUUUAUUUUAUUUUAUUUUACUUUUGUGAGAUGGGGUCUGGCUCUGUCACCCAGGCUGGAGUGCAGUGGCACAACCACGGCUCACUGCAGCCUCAACCUCCCAGGCUCCACCAAUUCUCCCUCCUCAGCCUCCUAAGUAGCUGGGACCAUAGGCACAUGUCACUAGGCCUGGCUAAUUUGUAUUCUUUUUAUUUUUUGUAGAGACCGGGUCUUACUAUGUUGCCAGGGCUGCUCUCAAAUUCCUUGCCUCAAGCAAUCCUCCCCUCUCUGCCUCCCAAAAUGCAGGGAUUACAGGCACAAGCAACCAUGUCUGACCCCCUUUUCUGUGUUUAGGUAUGUUUCAAUACACAAAUACCAAUAUGUUACAAUCGCUUGCAGUAGUCAGUUCAGCAGCAAGGUAUACACGUAGCCUGGGAGCAGUAGGCUACACCCUGUAGCCUCGGUGUGUAGUAGGCCGUACCAUCCAGGUUGGCGUAAGUAUACUCCGCGACGGGCACGGACAGAAAUUGCCUAAUGACACAUUUCUCAGAACAUAUCCCUGUUGUUGACUGACCCAUGACUGCAUUCAUUUUACCCAACUUUAUUCUAAAAAACAACAGCUGUAGACAAAUUAAUUACGUGCAUGGCAAGCUAUAAUUGCUACUAGAGUGGCCAACUUGAAUAAGUCAUUCCACAGAUGUCUGUUAAGCACCCACUAUGUGCAAGGCCCUCCACUGAGAUAUGUCAGCCAGGCUCUGUUUUCUGCAAAUAGAACAACUUUUUUUUUUUUUGAGACUGAGUUUCGCUCUUGUUACCCAGACUGGAGUGCAAUGGCGCGAUCUCAGCUCACUGCAACCUCCGUCUCCUGGGUUCAGGCAAUUCUCCUGCCUCAGCCUCCCGAGUAGCUGGGAUUACAGGCACGCGCCACCAUGCCCAGCUAAUUUUUUGACCUCGUGAUGCACCUGCCUCGGCCUCCCAAAGUGCUGGGAUUACAGGCUUGAGCCACCGCGCCCGACCUAGAACAACUUUUAAAAUUGAAUCUCUUCCUCUUAACACGCUUCUGCCUUCAUCAUUUCAGUUUUCUAACUACAUCUGCUCAGUAUUUGGUAAGGGGCAGCUAUAAUAUUUUCACCUCCUUAACAUCAACCUGUUAGCUUAGGUUCCCAUUUAGCCUUUAAUCUGGUCUUGUGUGUAUUCUAUUAUUUGCUAGUGUAUCUAUGUUUGCGACUCUGUGCAUGUCUGUGUGUGUGUGUGUGUUACACUCAGAAACUGCCUUGCCUUUCUUCAACUCUCUACGCUUGCAGGGGAGGCUCUUAGAAUCCCCUUGCUCUUUAAAUUGUGGUGGGGCCAGUUUUGAAGAUGCAAAUGGGAGAUUUAGGGACUUAGCGCCUACUUAGCACUUUCUCUUUCUCAUAUGUUGUAUCAUGUGUUGUCACAGCAAAGCAGAUAACUUCAAUGAAAAGAUGAUCAUGAACUUUGGAAUCAGCAGACUGGAGCUGGAAUCCUGAUUAUGCUACCUUACUAACCUGUCGACCUUGGGCAAGUUACUUAUGGAUGUAAGAUUCCUCGGCUAAAAACGGCUUCAUAACAGCCCAAUUUCAGGUUGCUGUCUGAAGGGUUUGGUGGGGCAUGAUUCAUCAGUGCUCAGGAGGCGCUUCAUUUUGUUCUUACUCUCUUUUUCUGAUGAGGAAAAGUGGAGAACAUAAAAUAGCUCAAUAUGUAUGUUUUAUAAAACUAAUCCACGGCUCUAAUGAGACUACAUAAACUAAAUGGGUAUAUUUCAACCAUUAUGAAUCAACUUUAUUGCUACUGGAAAUAAAUUUAGGUUAAAUCUGGUUUCCUGUAGCUGCCUGGGGGAGUUUAACUUCACAUAUUCACAGUAUAAAAUGACUUAUUCUCAAAAGCUGUUUGGCUGUGUCCUUUGAACAGAUGAGCUAACGUAUAUUUUCCCCAGAGAAAACCAAAUAUAGAUGUUCUGAUUCAACCUAUAAGAUUUAGAUGUUGCCAUUUACUAUAUAAAAUACGCAUUGGCCUAGGAAACUAACUGAAAGCUUAUUAAAUUGUCUUAAAAAUGCCAAUAAUAGUUUUUCUUUCUCACUCGUCUGUACUUUUGAGUCUCCAAGGAGGUAGACGUGAGUAUGAAAUCACACCCCAGCAUGGGGUGUGGGGUGGGGAAUUGGGAGAUUUGAUCAAUCAGGGCAAAUAUUCAGUUACAAAGGAGGAAUACGUUUUUGAGAUCUAUUGUACAGCAUGGUGACCACAGUUAAUGAUGAUGCGUUGUAUAUUUCAGAAUUGCUAAAAGAAUGUAUUUGAAAUGUUCUCACUACAAAAAUGACAAGUACCUGAGGCGAUGAACGGUAAUUGGCUUGAUACGAUCAUCUACAUAUAAUCUACAGUGUAUACAAUAUAUCAGAGCUUCAUCUUUUACCCUGUAAAUAUAUACAAUUAUUAUUUGUCA